AGGGAUGAAGAAAAGAGAGAAAGAAGAAAGGCUGCCUCUCCAGAAUGCCUUAUCGACGAUAGGUGCGGGAUCGCCUACUAUUAUCCGUCUUGUAUGCCAGGAUCAAGGCGCUGGGGAAUGCCUCGCGAACCGCUAAAACCUCGAGCUUGGAUGCCUUCUCAGGCCCCCCAUUCUGCAGUCCUGGACUUUUGCCUGCAGACUCUAGUGUCUGGCGAUGGGGCAUGGCUUUGCCCAGCUGGGCCAUACGACGGCAUCCUUCGUGGGGACGAGCCACGGAGCUGCGCCUCUGAUUCGCUCAUGGUGACGGCUGUUGCAUGGGGAGCACUGCUGACGCAGGCAGAGACGAUCUGUCGAGGCAGCCCUAUGGUUCGCAUCUUGACAGUCGCCAAGUGGCCGAGUUCUGGUCCUCGAUCUGGGUCUAGGUUCUGGGUUUAAUAAGGGACCCUCCUGAUACGGCUUCGAAGCCCGUCGAGCAGCCAAACGCGGCAAGUCAGGAAUGGGCACGAAUAGGCUAGAAAG